AAAAGCAUAACGAAUAAAAAUUCUAAACACCGCGCGUCCAGAAAUAUCAUCAUAGCGUGGGCAGCGCCUCUAGUGUGAGAAGUGGAAUCUGUCAGUGGCAAAAUGGUGUCCUUGUUGUUUUAUCUGGAAUUCUGGCUUUUCUUUCAAAUUUCUCAUGUGUUCUCGGCAAAAAGUGAUGCUAAUCAGCACACAAACAUUCGCUGUGAGGAACUGUGCGGUGAGGCGACACUGAAACUGUCCACGAAUCUCAAGCUGGAUUGCCAGCGGGGAUGUCGCUACUUCAACAUUGAGUUUCUAUCCAGCGCCGGGAAUCUCAAUAAAGUCACUGAUCUGAACACCACGCAGGAUCUCUGCAAGUCAUCUUGCACGGAGGCCUACUAUGAGAAGACGAAGAAGGAGGCGUGCCAAAUGGGUUGCGCCAAAAUGUUCGAACUGCAAUCCCGCUCGCCGUACAUCCACGGAUGGCUGGUGUACAUGGGCGCUCCGUCGGAGCGGGAUCACAGCGGCGGCCUGAUGUUCCUGCAGCCAGACCUCGACAUUCCUCCGUCUGACGACGACUGGCUGGUGUUCGACUCCGCCCUCCGUCCCCAUGACUACGAUGGCAUCCACCCGUACAAGCUUACCGAGACUCGCAUCCAGACAAUGCCGAUUUACCCAGUGCGGAAGCACAUCUCCACACAAUUCUGCAUCCCUACGUGGCUAUGGAUGAUCCCUAUCAUGCUGGUAUUCGCCAUUGUGUGGAUCCAGUACGGCAACACCAUCCGCAACGUAUUCAUCUACGAGGAUGUCGAGGAGGAGGACGACGACACGGAGGAAGACACUCCGGGAGUGACGAAGAAGCUGGAGGAGGACUUCAUCGUGGCGCUGGACUCCUACUUCUAUCCCAGUCCGGCCAUCCCGCCGCCACCAAAGUACUCGGCCAAGGAGGAGUCCAUCCUCAUGAGCAGCGAUGAUGAGGAGAAUCUCCUGCGCGAGAAUGCAGACAACUCGAAUCGACAGAGUAACACUAAAGCCUAAUCUCGAAUGCGAUAUCAUUGCCACGCGCUACUCUUAAGUUUCUAUGACGCAUAGGAAAUCUCCACCACGAAUUUCGUUUGUGAUAAUUUAUCAGAAAAUGCAUUUUCUUUCGUUUUUUUUUGUUGUUAAGGACACACUUCAUAACAUUCUCCUAAUUGCAGUACAAAAACCACCGGCGAAAUUUUAUGAUUUCUCUCUUACAUCUAGUAUUAUUUAUAUGUAUUUGUUGCAAGUAUUAGGAAAGUUAGAUAUUCCGUUGGCGUGUACAUCAUUUGAUAAAACACCGAAAGACGCUAGCGAUAGAACACAAAGAGAAUUGACGUAGGAUUUUUAAGGAUCAGAAUAACCCUUGAAAGGUAUUUAAUCACAUUUUAAUCCUUAAAUAGCAUAUAAAAUAGGUAUAUGAUAUAUAUUUGGGUAAAAUUAAUAGUCGAUGUGAAUAGUUUGUGAAUUCAAAUGUAAAAUUCGAUCCCAAGAAGCGAUGAAAUUGUGCUUUUCAACCAAAGACAUGUCAUCUAGUUAAGUCCCAAUCAAAUGCUAUUCAUAAUUUCCCCCUCACAAAUACUCUACACGUCGUAUAGGAUAUAAUGAUAAGGUUGAAGAUUAUUGAUUUAGUUCUCCCUUUGUUAUUUUUCUCUAGAGUUUAUUGGAGGUACUUGAAAAUGGCAGAUUUCUUAUUAGAAUAUCCAUUUAUUUCAACGUUUAAUUUCAGAAUAAUCCAAAUUCCAAAUGAUGGGAAAUAUAUGAAAAUUCCAUUCAACGUCUAAGUAGCGCUGAAAUUUUUGUGAAAAAGUGAUUUCCGGAAUUACACAAUAAUGUGAGAAUAAAAGCGAUUUGGAGCAAU